UAAAAUGACUAUGGAUGGGAGCAAGAGCGAGUCGGGCAAGAACGGGGCCACUCAACAAGAAUGCGCGGGCUGUGGAAAGGCGAUUACAGAAAGGUAUCUUUUGAAAGCGUUGGAUAUGUAUUGGCACGAGGACUGCUUGAAAUGCGGAUGUUGCGACUGCAGGCUCGGCGAAGUCGGCUCGACGCUUUAUACCAAGGCCAAUCUCAUCCUUUGUAAACGAGAUUAUUUACGACUUUUCGGAAAUACCGGUCACUGCGCAGCAUGCAGCAAAGUUAUCCCGGCAUUCGAGAUGGUGAUGCGCGCGAGAACCAACGUUUAUCACUUGGAGUGCUUCGCUUGUCAACAAUGCAAUCAUAGGUAA